UGCAUGUUUAAGAAGGGGGUAGAUAAUUGAAAGUGAAGCAGAAUAAUUGUAUUGGCCUUUGGGUAUCCUUUGUUGGGAACUAAGGACCAAAGCCACAAGAGUGACAUUUUUUAGGUAAAAGGAAGAAGGUUUUUGAGAGAAAACAAAAAUGGCAGAAGGAGGAGGAGAAGGGGCAUCAUUGGAGUACACACCAACAUGGGUUCUAGCAGUUAUUUGUACAGUAAUUAUUGCCAUUUCUUUAGCUAUUGAACGUUUACUUCAUUAUUUAGGGCAUGUUUUACAACAUAAACAACAAAAACCACUCUAUGAAGCUCUUCUAAAAGUUAAAGAAGAGUUGAUGCUGUUGGGGUUUAUAUCAUUGUUGUUGACAGUAUUUCAGAGUGCAAUUUCUAAAAUAUGCAUGUCAAAGAAACUAGUUAAAGACAUGCUUCCUUGUAAAAUUGAAGAAGAAGAAGAAGAAGAAGGAGAUGAUGAUGAUAGUAAUGCUACAACAUCUCAUUUUCAAACCUAUUUUGAUUCUACAAUGUCUGGUGGAACCCGACACCUCCUGGCUAAGGCAUCAUCCAAUUCUUCGGUUAUAGGAUAUUGUGGUGCCAAGGACAAGGUACCAUUGUUGUCGGUCGAAGCUCUUCAUCAUAUGCAUAUUUUUAUCUUUGUCCUGGCCAUUGCCCAUGUCACAUUUUGUGUUCUCACAGUUUCUUUUGGAGGGCUAAAGAUACGGAAAUGGAAACAAUGGGAAGAUGAAAUUAGAAAAGAGGAUGAGGGAGUGUUGGAGAAAAAAGUCACUCAUGUCCAUCAACAUGAUUUUAUCAAAGAUCGCUUCCUAGGUUUUGGUAAAGAUUCAGUUCCUCUAGCAUGGUUGAAUUCGUUUAUCAAGCAAUUCUAUGCAUCUGUUACCAAAUCCGAUUACGAGACACUAAGGCUAGGUUUCAUCAUGACGCAUUGCAGAGGGAAUCCCAAAUUUAAUUUUCACAAAUACAUGAUACGAGCCUUGGAAGAUGAUUUUAAGGAAGUUGUUGGUAUAAGUUGGUAUCUUUGGGGAUUCGUCAUCGUCUUCUUGUUGCUAAAUGUUCAUGGCUGGCAUACAUAUUUUUGGAUAGCUUUCAUUCCUUUCAUUCUCCUACUUGCCGUGGGCACCAAGCUAGAGCAUGUGAUUACCAAGUUGGCUCAUGAGGUUGCUGAGAAACAUGUAGCCGUUGAAGGGGAAUUAGUGGUAAAACCAUCAGAUGAACACUUUUGGUUUGACAAUCCUCGAAUCGUUCUCUACUUGAUCCAUUUUAUCCUUUUCCAAAAUUCAUUCGAGAUUGCAUUUUUCUUUUGGAUUUUGGUUCAAUUUGGGUUCAAUUCUUGCCUAAUGGGUCAAGUAUCUUACAUUUUUCCAAGGCUUCUUAUAGGGUAA